AUGGAGUUGUCGGUGGUGUACGAGUGCAGGCUGCAAACCCGCCCAUCUCAAACUCAGAUGCAACAGCUAGUCACAGCUUUGGGAGCAGUCACAAUGCUAUCAAUAGAGCUGGUACCUCAGAGCGAGAAAAGCUCAUCAGGCUGUGCAUUUCCAGCUGCUCCGUUACCCCCUGAGAGCAAAAAACUCAACACAGAGACUUUCAAAGUGCCGCUCUUGGGAAUUGACAACACUGAUCAGACUGCGUCACAUCAAACAAAACCACCCUCGAAUAAGUUGUCAUCGCUGGCGCUGAAGUCUGAGGUGGUGAGAUAA